AUGGAAACACAAAAUGGGUCUGUUCUUGAAGCUGAUUUGACUCGAGAGAUUAAUGUGCCAAGUCCUGAACGUCUGCAAGUCGCAAUUAAUAUUUUGAAGGCUGUUCUUCAUACUCAUUUGUUUCAGAGGUAUUUGUAUGACAUGAGACUGCAGGACUUGAAGGACUCUCACUAUGUGCCAUGUACUAAACGUCUGAUAGACACAAUUCGGUUGCUUGAGCGUCACAAGAGAGACGGGUCGAAGAUUGUUGCAGAAAAUCAGGUUCAACCUGCUUUCGAACCUGAAUGUAUUCGGGAUAUUUUGUCUGAGGAUGGAAACAACUUGAAUCAGGGUCUGCAAGAUUCUGAAUAUCUGGAGGUCGCAAUUUUUAUUUUGAUUGCUGUUCUGCAAGCUGGAGUGACUAGGGAGACCGAGUCUGGUAAUGGAAGGAAGUACUUGAAGGAGGACGGACCAAGUACUAAAUGUCUGAAAGCCACAAUUGAGGCUUUGUGCGAUUUACAGAACGACAUUGCUGAUACACCUGUUACUCAUCCUCGGGAUUUAAUGUCUCGUAUUGGAAUGGAGGAUAUGAUAACUCUUGAAUUUUGGCAAACCGCAGUUGAGCUUUUCUCUGUGUUUCGGGAGCGCAAGCUUGCAAUCGAUGCUGAGAAGGAAGAGGAGGCUGAAGUUGAGUCAGGAGUCGGUGUUGAUAUAAUUAAUGAUUCACUUUUAAAACUGCUGGAUGAGUAUGGGAAUAUGGUUGAUGAAUCGGAUGCUGACAGUGAUGCUGACAGUGAUGCUGACAGUGAUUCUGAAAGUGAUGCUGACAGUGAUGCUGACAGUGAUUCUGAAAGUGAUGCUAACAGUGAUGCUGACAGUGAUGCUGACAGUGAUGCUGAAAGUAAUGAGGAGGUGGGUGGAGUAGUUUCUGAAGAAGAGGUGAAUAAUUUGGUGGGUGGUUAUGGUGUCAAUAAGAUUGAUUAUGCAAAUGUGGUGCAUGAGAUUAAAAAACAGCAAGAUAAUUCUAAAAUUUUCGAUGUAGGGCCUGAAGAUAGCAAUGGAGAUGCCAAGAAAGCGUCGGUUUUAUUGGAUUCUAUUCAUCAAGGUGAAUCUGAGGAGCUUAUUUCUAGUUCAGCUUCAGUACAUACUGAGCGUGCCGCCCCACUGCUGGAACUUGCACCUCGAGCAGCACAGCAGCAGCGUGUUAUUGGAGCUAUGUCUAAUGUGCAUUCUCAGCAGAUUGAUGAGCCUGAGACUGAUGGGUAUGACGAGACUUGUGAAAAACUUAAGACGAUCAGAGUGAAUUUUUUGCGGCUUGCCCAUAGGCUGGGGCAGACUCCUCAUAAUGUUGUUGUGGCACAAGUUUUGCACAGGUUGGGAUUAGCUGAGCAACUGCGAGGGAGAAAUGGAGGCCGAGUUGGUGCUCUCAGUUUUGAUCGUCCAUGUGCGAUGGCAGAGCAGCUUGAGGCAGCUGGGCAAGAACCCCUUGAUUUUUCUUGUACCAUUAUGGUGCUUGGGAAAACAGGAGUAGGUAAAAGUGCAACAAUCAAUUCAUUAUUUGAUGAAGUAAAGUUUGGGACUGAUGCUUUCCAACUGGGUACAAAAAAGGUUCAGGAUGCUGUAGGGACUGUUCAAGGGAUUAAGGUACGGGUCAUUGACACACCAGGCCUUCUUCCUUCUUGGUCUGAUCAGCGUCAGAAUGAAAAGAUUCUUCAGUCAGUCAAGUGCUUUAUUAAGAGAACACCUCCAGACGUUGUCUUGUAUCUUGAUAGGUUGGACAUGCAAAGCAACGAUUUUGGGGAUAUGCCACUCUUGCGCACCAUAACUGAUAUAUUUGGGCCAUCAGUUUGGUUUAAUGUUAUUGUCGUCCUGACUCAUGCAGCAUCAGCUCCACCUGAUGGUCCAAAUGGUACUGCGUCAAGUUAUGACAUGUUUGUCGCUCAACGAUCUCAUGUUGUUCAACAAGCAAUCUGUCAGGCAGCCGGUGAUAUGAGACUUAUGAAUCCAGUUUCAUUAGUAGAGAACCACUCGACAUGCAGAACCAAUACUGCAGGACAGAGAGUUUUACCUGAUGGUCAGGUAUGGAAACCUCAUCUAUUAUUGCUGUCUUUUGCAUUAAAGAUUCUUACAGAAGCAAACAUGCUUUCGAAGUUGCAAGAUAGCCCUCCUGAGAAGCCUUUUGCAGCUCGAUCAAGGGCACCGCCUUUACCUUUUCUGCUCUCAUCUCUUCUCCAGUCAAGACCACAACUUAAGAUGCAUGAGGAACAGUUCGGCGAAGAUGAUGAUGGUCUGUUUGAUGAUCUGGAAGAGUCAUCAUAUUCUGAGGAUGAAUCAGAAUUUGAAGAGUUGCCCUCAUUCAGAAGUUUGACCAAGGCCCAGGUGGCCAAGCUUUGUAGAGCUCAGAGCAGGGCAUGUUUUGAUGAGUUAGAAUACAGGGAAAAGCUUUUUAUGAAGAAACAGUUAAAGGAAGAGAAAAGGCGGGGAAGGAUGACGAAGAAAUCAACUUCCUUCGAGAAGGACAUGGCUUAUACUUUGCACAGUGAGACAAGGUUCUGUAAUUGUAGGAAGAAUAAGGCAACAGCUGGUCUAUCAGUGACUCUAUUAGGCGAUGCCUUAUCAGCCGGAUUGAUAGUUGAAGAUGAUUUGAUUGCAGCUAGACGGUUCAGAUUGGUGGUGUCUGGUGGUGCAAUGACUGGUCGUGGCUAUGUAGCUUACGGUUGCAGUUUAGAGGCCCAACCGAGAGACGAAGAUUACCCGUUAGGUCAUACCCUGUCAGCACUUGGGCACUCUGUAAUGGAUUGGCUUGGUAAUCUUGCUCUUAGCUGCAAUAUAGAAUCCGAGAUCCCCACGGGCAAUCUGAAUAAUAGGCAAAUCAGUAUUCGAGUAAAAAGCUCUGAACAGCUUCAGAUUGCUUUAAUUGGACUCCUUCCUCUAUUGAAGAAGCUAUUCAGCUACCCUCAAUAUUGUCAGUCUUCAUCAAUGUCGGAGCCGGACUUCCACCCUCAAUAUUGA